AUGGCUUAUACCGCAGCACUUGAUUUGGAUUUGGUAAACCAAUCAACAAUAAAAGUUCAACCUAUACAAAACUAUCAUGAGUUUAGAUUAUUUUAUCAACCACCAAAUGAUGAUAAUUUUUAUCACGUAACUUUUAAACCGAUUUUACAACAUUCGGAAAAUUUGGAAGAUGAUUACGAUUUUGAGUUCUUUUAUGGUGGUUAUUAUGUUGCGUGUAAACUAUUUCCACGCUCCUUGAUUAUUGAUAUAUUGAAUAAGGAAAUUUAUGGAAUUGAUUUCGAUGUAAACAACCUGAAAUGUAAACAUGCACUAAUUUUGAAACAAAAGAUUAAUCUCGAACAAAGUUUAAUUCCUUUUUUACAAGGAAAAGUUUUAAAAAGGGAUUUCUCAAGUACCUCAGUAGAUCAAUUUCUAACUACGCAACCGAACGAACUUGGAUUAUUUUAUCAACCACCAAACGACAUUAACAUUUAUAAUGUUAAUUGUAAAAUUACUUUGCAAGAUUAUCAUCAAAAUGAUGAUGAUAAUUAUGAUUACGAGUUCUUUUAUGAAAUUUCAAAUGAUAUGAGGCAUGUUACAUGUAAAUUUUUACCACCUUCUUUGGUUAUAAGUAUAUUGAACAAGAAAAUUUAUGGAAUUGAUUUUGAUGUGAACGACUUGAAACGCAACCAUAAAUUAACUUUGCAACAAAAAUUAAAUCUCGAGCGAAAUCUGAAGAAAUUAUUUCUUUACAUUCCUGAGAGAGAAAUGAGAUCAGAUUCUGAUGGAAAUAGUACGAUUUCUUUUCAAGGAAGUAUUGAAAGCAAUACGACAAACGGUUUCGAUAACUGAUAAUCAAAAAUAUUUCGAUAAUGCCAUGCCCCACGACGAUCACUAAGAUAUUACUACUCCAAUUUGAUGCAGUUAUUUUUUUUUAAAAAAAAACUUAUAAAUUUAG